AUGCCGAAGUGCACCCCUAUCGCUGCACCACUACGAGAGGCACUGAUCGAGUGCUUCCGAGCAGCCACCCGCCUCGUCCGCCCUGAACUACGUCGCCAACUCAUUCUAGUUGGCGGCGCUGGCAGUAUUGCCCACGACUCGGUAUUAUAUACCGAGGACGUGGAUGUUGCGGCCCCGAGCGAUGUCAUUCAUGACAUCUGCAAGGGAGUGAUGGACGGCACUGCCCGCUUUUCUCUCGAGCCCGACGGCAAGAUCGCGUUUGAUGCUUGUCAAGGAAUCCGCGUCCGAAUCGAUGUUAUCGAAAUCGGAGACGCCAUCGAACGGAUCCAUGUGGCAGAGCCCUUCUUCGACGGCUCUGUUGCGUCCAUGUCGGACUUACUGAGGCUGCGGGCCGUGACGGUGGUUGAACGUGGGAGCGAUGGCGAGGUAGCGGACUUUCGAUGGCUGUUGGCGGAGUUAGCAAAAGCAGGACAAAUAAUUCCAGGGCUCAAUGCAGAAGAGCUGGAGUAUAUGCGCGGAGCUGGGAGAUGCUGCCUGGAGGUUGUGGAUUGCCUAUUGUUAUAUUCAAUAUUACAAGAAGAGGACGGGAGAUUGGUGCUGUUGUAG